AAUAAAAGCAACCACACUGUCAAGUAGUCACUUCAUAUGGUGAAUACCACUUCAGCCGUCAGUUUCAAGAUGCCAAAAUGAACUGACAUGUAGUGUCUGCAAGAUGGAGUGGAACGAAUUUCCAUGUGGCAAAUGGACAGAAUCCCAUGUGAGCUCCUGGUUAAAAUCCAUUGGAGUGAAAGAGAAGUACAUUCUGAAACUGUACGAAGAGGAGGUUACAGGACCUGCACUAAUGAGGCUGCAAAGAGAAUAUCUACGUGACACAAUUGAAAUGAAAGGUGGCCAAAUCGAACUUCUGCUAUCUAAUCGUAAUGAUCUAUCGAAGCCAAGACCACAGAAACUAAAAGCAGGCAGUAGCACACAGAGAGAUACCAGAAAUGUUGAAUCCAUUGCUGCAUCCACACAAGAGUCAAAAGACAAAGUUGAGUGUACCAGUGAAACAAGUGAAAAUGAAAAAACAUCAAUUGGCGCAUCUUCUUCUCUAAGUAACUUCCGUGUAUUUGAUGAACAUGACAAAGACUUCCGAUAUGUCAAGCACAGAGUGCUUCCACCAGAGACUGGAAUUGAAAACAUGAUUGUUCCAUGCCAUGAAUACAAAUCACUGGAAAUUGCCCACAAAUUAGAACCACUGAAGCUUAGAGUCAAAGUCGCAAGUGAGGUAAUCAGAUUUGCUUGUGGGUGCAUGAACAUGCGGACCAAUGGCACAAUACACUUUGGGGUCAUGGAUAAGAUUAAAGGCAGCUACAAGCAUGGUGAAAUCAUCGGAAUACCAGUUGAAAACCAAAGUGACUUUGUGGAUGCAUUGGACUACAUUGAAAACUGCUUCAAGGAUUUAAACCACCAUUCUGAUGCCAGGAAAUGCAUAAGGAAUCCAAAGUUUAUUGAGGUAAUUGACAAGGGGAGCAGUGGAGGAAACUGGAUCAUUGAAUUUGAUGUUGUCCCAAAGGCAAGAGUGGUGAAAGACCAACUCUACAGUGUUACUAUUCCAAAGUUCAGCGAGAAAACCAACAAAGUAAUCUAUGAGGAGAAAGCACCAUACCACAGAGUAGGGGCCAAUACACCCCGCAUACCUGGUGAAGACUUAGUUCAUUUCAUUCAAGGACUGAAAGAGAAAGAUCUACAGAGGGAAGAGGCAGAGUCUUCUACCAGUCAAACAGCUGCAGACACUAGGGAGGAUCUUGGGAGAAAAUUGUCAAUUCUCUUGACCUGUGGAAAAAAGUACAUGGAUGACACCUUGUCAUUCAUCAUUGUGACAAAUAAGUUUCAAGAAGAACAUCUGAAGACUAUCAACUUCUUAGUGCACAUGAAAAUAUUCUGUGUUUUUGACUUCGAUCCAGACUCCAAAACAUCUGGACUUUGUGGACAAUAUCGUGAGCACCAUGCUGCUAACCUCCACUUUUUGCAUGACUUUGCUAUUGAUCCUGGUCUAAGCACCACUGACUUCAAGAAGAGCUUACAGCUAUUUGAUAGGACAAGCUGGAUAUUCUGCAAUGGGCGGAAUCAUUACCUUGGUGGAGAAGAUCCUUGUGAUGAAAAAACCUGGAUCAGAACAAAGAAAAAACAACUGAAAAGGACCUGUCUCUGUCAUCUGCAAUGA